AUGAAAUCUAGAUUAUUUUGGAUAUUUGCAAUUAUAUAUUCAUCGCUACAUCACAUAGGCUCCGGAUCGACCUCGACGACAUUGAAACGUCCCCGAGCUGGAGAUCCAUUUGAUACAUUUCCGAAAAACUUCUGGCAAGAGUUCUCAUCACCAUUUACAGACACGCCGGAAGAUGAGGAGCUCGAGGUUACGGAGACGACAACCCACGAGCCGUUUCCAUUCUUUGCCGAUCCGUAUACGACAAUCAAUAUAAGCACACAAUUGUCAUCGAAUGUCUAUCUGCAUUGUCGUGUGAAUGAUUUGCAGGGCAAGACGGUAUCAUGGAUGCGACGCAAGGGUGAAGACCUCACAUUGAUCACAUUUGGUCAGCAUACAUAUAGCGGGGACUCACGUUAUUCGCUGGAGUUUGAGGAGCCCAACGAUUGGAAGCUAUUGAUUCAAUAUGCCAAUGAACGGGACGAGGGUCCCUAUGAGUGUCAAGUCUCCUCACAUCCACCAUUGGUACUCUUAGUAUACCUAACUAUUAUUGUUCCUCAUGUGGAAAUUCUUGAUGAGCGAGGAUCGGCCACACCGGAGAAAUAUUACAAGGCUGGCAGCACCAUUGAGCUGCAGUGCGUCAUCUCAAAGAUUCCACAUCCAUCGUCAUAUAUCACCUGGCGUCAUGGCGUUCGUUUGCUCAACUACGACACCAGUCGAGGUGGCAUUAGUGUCAAGACGGACAUGCUGCCGGGCAGGGCAUUGAGUCGUCUAUAUAUUGCCAAUGCGAAUCGACAGGACACGGGAAAUUAUACCUGUAUGCUGGGAAAUGAGAUAACGGAAACUGUGGUAGUGCAUGUGCUGAAUGGUGAAGAACCAGCUGCAAUGCAACAUGCAAAUGGGACACGGUUUAUAUCGAGUCCCCUAACUAUGGUUGUGUUUUUUAUAGUCUUUGCGAUAGUGAAACCGUUUCAGCGAUGACAACAUUUUGAAUGACGUCAAACCGAAAAGGUUGAACUCUCAAAAACUUCAAAAUAUACUUAAAAUGUGGAAGGGGAAAAGUAUGAUGGGAAAAUGCAAAAGCCAAAAAAAAAAAAAAAAGCCAAAUCGGAAAAAAUCUUGUCCAGGAUUGCAUUUUCAACUUUUACUCUAAUCAUGGGUUGUUUAAAAAUACAUAGCAUAAAUGAAUACUAAAUGUAAGUUUAAGAAGAAAA